GCUGUCACAAACGCUGCUGCCAUCAUGAAGGGUAAACUGGAGAUCCUGGCCUUGGUGCUGGGCACUAUUGGCCUUGUAGGGACCAUAGCAGUGACCGUGAUGCCCAUGUGGAAGGUCACGGCUUUCAUUGGCCCCAACAUCGUCAUCAUGGAGAUGCAGUGGGAGGGGCUGUGGAUGGCCUGCAUACGGCAGGCGGACAUUAGCAUGCAGUGUAAGGUCUAUGACUCCUUGCUCAUCUUACCAGCGGACAUCCAGGCGGCCCGUGGACUCAUGUGUGCAGCCAUAACGCUGGCCGUUCUCGCCGUUCUGGUGUCCGUCUUCGGAUUGAGUGGGACAAACCGUUUUCAAGAAGAUUUCAGGGCCAAAAAAGUGAUUCUGGGUGUUGGCGGUUGCCUGUUUGUUCUCGCUUCCCUGGCAACUCUACUUCCUGUGUCCUGGACCACUAACACCAUCGUCAGAGAUUUCUACAAUCCCAUGGUGGUGGAAUCGCUGAAGCGGGAGAUCGGACAGGCCCUUUAUGUCGGCUUUGCAACAUUCAUCUUUCUCGUGAUUGCGGGGGUAAUCCUGCUGUGCCGUUACUCCCACCAAAGAGAAGAAGAGGAGGAGGAGGUGUAUGCGCCAGUGUAUGAGGACAAACUGAGAAUGUCCAUGUUGAGUCGAACAUCCUCUAAUUCUUACCGGAAGAAUCAGUAUGUCUGAUAAUGUAAUAAAUGAUAGUUGACUAUAGUUCAAUUCCAAUUCCUUUCUGACAUUCAGUUUGUUCAAAGUGCCUGUCUAUAUUAUAAUAUGGGAUUUGAGGCACAAGCCUCAUGGAUUAUCAAACAUUUUGAGAGCAUUUACAAAAUCAUCUUAUUCGAAAAAACAGACAACGGAAGAAAUAUUGACAAGAGAUUUGACAUGACAUAAGAUUGGAAAUCAUCUGAUUAUUCUUUGCUUUUGAUGUCAAAACUGAAACACUUAAACUGUUCAUGACUUUACCCUGAUGAAGGAACGCCACUGAAGCCAUUUACGUGCCCUUACAUGCUGAGAUCAUUUACAUGCAUGCCAAUACACUGAAUAUCAGUUUAUUGAAAAAAUCGGACAACGCAAGAAAUCUGCGUUUACAUGACAUGUUAAAACAUAAACAGGCAUGCAUACAACACUUGCACACAUUGGAUACGCUGGUAAGAUCACUGGUAAAAAUCCACCUGUUUCGAUUGGUUUAUGCAUAAACGUUUCUGACCUUACCUGUAUAAAGGAAAACCAUUUAAGCCAGUAACAUGGCCUAAAACGAUGGUGGUUAAGCACCAUAAUUGGUGUAAGAAUGUGCAUGUCAAUGUGCAUGAUUAAAUGGAGUGUUGUCCAAGAAGGAAUCCAAUACAUACCUAUAACAACCUAGCAACAAUGUGGAAACUCUGGUUACUAUGGUAAAUAUUUUGAAUAUACAUGAAAAUUACCCUAUGCUUACACAAAAAAAAAUUGACUUUCUAAAAAGUACAAUAUUUCAAAAAAACAUUUUUUGCUAUUUUUGCUUUUAUGUUAAAUUACUUUGAAAUGUAUAUAUCAAAUAUUGUAUAUUAUGGUUAAAAUAAAGUGAUAUAAAUGUUGGAUUCCUAUAGAGCACAAUUAUAUUGCUCAGAGGUUGUUCUUUCACACUG